UGAGUGUUGUAUGUGUGGCAGAAAUGCUGUGGGACUUUUUGCACGCAGAGACACACAGCACGGGAUGUACAGGCAUGAGGCCUGCAGCUGAUGAACAUGUGAAUGUCUAAAGUGAAACCACAGACCUGUUUACACGCGAGCUACACGCACAUGCAAAGGGAAGUAUACCAAAAUCACCGCUGUAAUAAUCACAUGAUUGCUGUUAAUAUAAGAUUUAACUCAGUGUAUUGAGGAACAGACAUUUUUUGAUUAAAGUGUUUUUGAACUGAAGCCAACUCUAGACUUCACCAUGAGAUUCUUUCUCCUUUUGACUUUGAUGGCAGCCAGCCUUUUCCUCACUAGUGCUAUACAACCACUUGGAAAAGGCUACAACAGCCACUGCAUGUGCACGAAGCUGGAGUCCAGGGUGAUUCCACAGAAUAACCUGCGCAGUGUGGAAAUCUUUCCUAGAGGCUCCCACUGCAAGAAUACCGAGGUUAUUGCUGGCUUGAUGAGUGGUGAAAGAAUUUGCCUGAAUCCUCAAACUAUGUGGGUUAAGAAACUUAUCCGCUUCAUUGAGAAGAAAGAGAGCAUGAAAAAGAGAGAAUAAAGGACAUCAAAAAAAAAUGAAGAAGCUCAUCAAGAGGGGAGAUCAUAUCUAUCUCUCUAUAUAAAAAUGAUAUAUGUACAUAAUUAAUUCAUGCACAUAUUCAGAUCAAUCUCUGAGAAUCUACAGUCUCUGAUCUGUUACUACUAGGCUAUGAUUUCGUCAACUUAACUAAAUGUGGUAUUUGAAAUUUGCCGUUUUAUAAAAUGUUAUCUUUAAAAAAGUCAUUGUCUAUUCCUUGCAAAGCACUUACGAGGCAAGGAACAUGUGAGAAAUUGAUUAAUGAGAUAAUGGAGUGGUGGUACAUUUAAAAAAAAAAAAAAGUAUAUUCAUGUCAUGCUGCUCAUCAAAUAGUGAACUCAUAAUUAGUAUGCGUUCCUGUAAUACCUUCACACCACCACACCACACAUCUACCUCCAGACAAAUCACUUAGGUUAGUUUUAAACUGAUCUGACGAACAACUGAUUGUUGAUUGAUACAGCUGAUUAAUCUAUUCAUUAUGUACAGAGCAUAGUCAAAUAUGGAAAAAAUAUUCCAGUCUGUAUCCUUUACUAAUCAGUGACCUGCUGUAAGAAAGUUCUUAACUAAAAUGUGAAUUGUCAAAUGACUUUAUUGUCAGUAUUCAGUUGUUCUCUUUUGAAUCCUCAUUUCACAUUAUCUUUGUAAAAUUGUGCAUAACAAUAAAUACAAUCAAAUCAGAAAUGUGGCUGCUUAUUGGUUACAUGGAAAGCAAAAAUAAUAAGAACCAUUAAUAUGGUUGCAUGAUCACCUAAACAGUGCUCUGUCUACCCUGGGUAGGACAAGUGGUUCAGAUCUUGAACUCAGUCUUAACCACUGAGGUACCACUGCCCAAACAACUCACCUCAUUGUGAGCAGGGUUUGGAACUGCACAAGGAGAUACUACUGGAUAUUAUGAUUGAGAAUUAAGGAUCUUGUUCUAGAGACCCAAAAUUAGCUCUGGGCUAUUAGGACGUGAUUUUGUGCACCAGCACAGAACCUUAACU